AUGGCGCUGCUUUCGAUCGGCAUGGAUUUCAAACGACCGCUGCGCCUGUUGGCGUUGGUGGUCGUCUUUGGCUUCCUCCUCUUCCGGUAUAACCCUCUACAAGAAUCGCGAUACUCUUGGAUGUUGCCGAUGGAUUGGUCUUUGAACGGCGGCUACCGCCCUGAUAUAUUGCAAUAUGUCAACCCACUGAUUGGAACCAUCAAUGGAGGCCACGUCUUUCCCGGACCGACGCAUCCAUAUGGGAUGGCGAAGCCCUGUCCAGACUCCAUGAUCCGUGGUGAGAAUGCUGCUGGCUUCGUAUCCGACGACUCACCUAUCGGCGGCUUCUCUCAUCUUCACGAUUCGGGAACUGGGGGUAGUCCCUCCAUGGGCAACUUCCCCAUCUUCGCCCAUCCCGGCUGUCCUUCCGACGAUUACACCCAAUGCAACUACACAAUCACUGACCGUAUGCUCCCUCGCGUCCCCGGCACCGCCGAAGCCCACGUCGGCUACUUCGCACUCAACCUAACCAAUAACGUCCGCGCCGAAAUGACCGCCUCCACCCGCACCGCCCUCUAUCGUUUCACCUUCCCCUCCACCCAAGACGACACCUCCAUCUCGCGCGACACCCGACCUAACCCUCCCAUCAGCCCCCUCCUCCUAAUCGACCUCCAGGAUCUCGGCCAGACAUCCCUCUCCGCUUCCGCCGGGUGUCAAGUCUACGCCGAAUCCGGCCGCAUUAUCGGCGAGGGUACCUUCAUGCCUUCUUUUGGCCGCGGAACCUACCAGGCCUACUUUUGCGCUGAUUUCCGCGGCGCUGCUGUUCGUCGUCUCGGCACGUUCAUCGGCAAGGAAGCCCGUGCGGAUACUACCUACCUCAAUGCCGUCGACCGCGGCUUCCAGAACCCUAGUGGUUCCGGCGGCGCGUGGGUGCAGUUUGAGAGACCUGAGGAGAGUGACCAGAUUGUCGCCCGCGUGGGCAUGUCCUUCGUGUCGGUUGACCAAGCCUGUUCCAACGCCGAGGCGGAGAUUCCAGAUUUUGAUUUCGACAGAACUGUGAGGGAUGUGGAGAUGAUCUGGAGCGAGAAGCUGAGCGUCGUGGAGCUGGAUACCAGGGGCGUGCAUCCGGACAUGCAGACGAUUUUUUGGUCCGGUCUGUAUAGAUCUAUGUUGUCGCCGCAGAAUUACACGGGUGAGAACCCGCUGUGGGAGUCAAAGGAGCCGUAUUUCGACUCAUUUUAUUGCAUUUGGGAUUCGUUUCGGGCUCAGCAUCCGCUUUUGACGAUUUUGGAUCCGAAUGCGCAGGCGGAGAUGGUUAGGGCUCUGAUUGACAUUUAUCGGCAUGAGGGGAAGUUGCCGGAUUGUAGGAUGAGUUUUAGCAAGGGGUUCACUCAGGGUGGUUCGAAUGCCGACGUCGUUAUUGCAGAUGCCUUUAUCAAGGGUGUCACGGAGGGAAUAGACUGGGAUACUGCCUAUGAAGCCGUCAUCUCUGACGCUGAAGUCACUCCUAAAGAUUGGAGCCUCGAAGGCCGAGGCAAUAUCGAAGCUUGGGAACAAUACGGCUACAUCCCCGUCGAUGACCGGGACCUCCAAGGUAAUGGACCUCACAGCCGCACCGUCUCCCGCACCGUCGAAUAUGCCUACGAUGACUUUGCUAUCGCUACCCUUGCCAAGGAACUCGGCCACGAGACCGAUUUCGCAAAGUACAUGAACCGCAGCGGCUUCUGGCGCAACAUAUGGAAUCCCGAGCAAGAAGAUCUCUAUCACGACGCGGACGGCGACGUGCAGCGUACAAACUUCAAGGGGUUCCCGCAGCCGCGCUUCAAGGACGGCACAUUCAAGUACCAGACCACGAGGAUGUGCAGCCCCGUGUACGAGCCGCACAAGUGCUAUUUCGACACGGCGCAGUCGACGUACGAAGGUUCGCCCUGGCUGUAUAGCUUUUACGCGCCGCAGGAUAUGAAGGGCCUGGUGGAGGUGUUCGGGGGCAAGCAGAAGUUUUUCGACAGGUUGGAUUACUACCACAGCUCGGGCAUCGCGGACAUGGGGAAUGAGCAGUCCUACUUGACGGUGUUUCAAUUCCAUUACGCUGGGAGGCCCGGACGGAGCUCGUACUGGGUGAACCAGUAUAUUCCGGCGCAGUUCAACGCGUCGGUGAACGGCAUCCCGGGCAACGACGACUGCGCCAUGGGAGCCUUCGUGGCCAUGUCCCUGAUGGGGUUCUUCCCCGUGGCUGGCCAGUCUGUCUACUUGCUUACGGCGCCCUUCUUCCCCGAGGUCAAGAUUAAGAGUGGGGGCCCGAGGCCGGCCGUCAUAAGGAGGGUGUGGGCCGCGGGGCAGGAAGAAGGAGGGAUAUACAUACAGAGCGCGACGCUGGAUGGGAAGCCGUACACCAGGAAUUGGAUAUCGCAUGAUUUCUUCUCGGGAGGGGGCGAGCUUGAGCUCGUGGUGGGGACUGAGGAAGGGAAUUGGGGGACGGCGGAUGAGGAUCUACCGCCUAGUUUUCCUCACGAAAGGAGCUGGAUGGAUGGUUUAGGGACUUGA